UCAGAGGUCACGUAGACGGCGCGUCCCGUCCCCGUACGCCUAAGUUCUCGCGCGAGUUGCGCUUCCGUCCUUUUGGCUCUCUGAGCAGCACCAUGGCGGUAGGCAAGAACAAGCGCCUUACAAAAGGCGGCAAGAAGGGAGCCAAGAAGAAAGUGGUUGAUCCAUUUUCUAAGAAAGAUUGGUAUGAUGUGAAAGCACCGGCAAUGUUCAAUAUAAGAAAUAUUGGAAAAACGUUAGUCACCAGGACCCAGGGAACCAAAAUUGCUUCUGAUGGCCUCAAGGGUCGGGUGUUUGAAGUGAGUCUUGCUGAUCUGCAGAAUGAUGAAGUUGCGUUUAGGAAGUUCAAACUAAUUACUGAGGAUGUUCAGGGAAAAAACUGCCUGACCAACUUCCAUGGCAUGGAUCUUACCCGUGACAAAAUGUGUUCCAUGGUCAAAAAAUGGCAGACGAUGAUCGAGGCUCAUGUUGAUGUCAAGACUACAGAUGGUUAUUUGCUGCGUCUAUUCUGUGUUGGUUUUACUAAAAAACGCAACAAUCAGAUACGGAAGACUUCCUACGCUCAGCACCAGCAGGUUCGCCAAAUCCGGAAGAAGAUGAUGGAAAUCAUGACCCGGGAAGUGCAGACAAAUGACUUAAAAGAAGUUGUCAAUAAACUGAUUCCAGACAGCAUUGGGAAAGACAUAGAGAAGGCUUGCCAAUCAAUUUAUCCUCUUCAUGAUGUCUUUGUUAGAAAAGUAAAAAUGCUGAAGAAGCCCAAGUUUGAAUUGGGAAAACUCAUGGAGCUUCAUGGUGAAGGUAGUAGUUCUGGAAAAGCUACAGGAGAUGAGACAGGUGCUAAAGUUGAACGAGCUGAUGGAUAUGAACCACCAGUUCAAGAAUCUGUUUAAAAUUCAAAUUUUUAAUAGUGACCAAUAAAAAGUCCUAUUUGUGAUGGUU